AUGCGGCAGAAGCUCUGCCGCUGCGCGGCAUUCGGAGCUCCGUUCCAGAGGCUUGGCCUGGUCGGAGGUGCGCGUGGCCUCUCCUAUCAGGUCAAGGGCAAGAAGACCGUCCAAAGGAUCUAUGACAGACAGAAACAACGGCCGCACCGCGAGGCCUUUGAGACCGCGGCCCAGCCUAUCAUCGAGUCUCAGAUGUACACGCCGGAGAUUCUCAAGACAGAGAAUUUGACGCGAUACUGCACACGUUUGGUCGCCUUCGGCCUCCACAUGCCAGAGUUGCUGGACAGAUAUGCGGACAGAGCGGAAGAGUUGGCUGCACAGCUGCAGCCCAACCAGUUUGGGUUGAUUCUGAAUGCCUUUGCUCGGGCAUCUCAUCGGCAUGAGAAGAUGUUGAAAUCCUUCAGCAAGCGCAUGAUGCCUCGACUACCGCAGUUUGUACCUGUUGACAUCAGUCGGACUUGUGGCGCAUAUUCGAAACUGCGGGAGCAUGAUGAGGCUCGAACUGCUAUUGCGAUGCAGCUUGCUGCCAGCUUUGGAGGCGUGAUUUGA